AUGUCCGAAAAACAAAACUAUUUCUGUUACAGUGUCUCUGAAGUGAGUGAAAUAGGAUAAAUUCCUCUGGUUCAAGAAAAGGCAGUUGCAAGGAUUGAUUUAAAGAUGUUUAAGAAUAAUGUUACUGAUCAUAAGCAAAAGGUGGAAGCCAUGAUUAAAGACAUUAACACAAUCUCUUUGGAGUUGAAGAAGAUGAAAGAGCUCUCCCAGUUAUUGCUUUGUGACCUUAYUCUACAUUUUAAUCACCCUGUGAAGAUGGAAGACUUAAAGGAAGCAGAAAGAAGCAACCCCCUGUUUGAAGAGUCUGAAUUAUCUGAUGUAUCCCUUACUUCUAACAAAUAUUCUGUCUGA